AUGGUUGCAAGUCCAGAUUCUUCUAUUGAAGUGCCAUCGUCGUCCAAAAAUGGUACGACUGUGACCGAGACUCAUGGCUAUGAUGAACCGACCCGUGACGUUUCCGGGGAUGUUAUCGACGAUGGUCUUCGUCGAGGUCUAAAGGGUCGCCAGUUUAUGAUCAUUGCUUUGGGCAGCAUCAUUGGACCUGGCUGUUUUUACGGACUUGGAUAUGGUAUAUACGAGGCUGGUUCUCUAGGCCUGUUGAUUGGUUUCUCCGUAGUUGGUAUGCUUAUCAAUCGACGUGAAGAUAUCUAUCGAAUGUUCGAACUGACCAGCCUUGGAAUGAAAGGUGCUUCUGUGUGGAUUCUCAUGCAAAGCGUGGGCGAGGUAGCUACCUUAUUCCCAGUCCAUGGAGGUUUUGUCGAGCCGUUGGCUGACAUGGUAUUAGACUGGAAUAAUGCGACGGUGUUCCUGCAAUUUUGGAUCCCUGACACUAAAUUUCCUGUCUGGGCGUGGUACAUCCUGUUCUUCGUCUUUUUCAAUAUCUUGACCACCCUCGGUGUCAACUUCUACGGGGAGACGGAGUACUACUUUGGCAUGUUCAAAUUCAUAUCCCUCAUUGUCCUAUUUUUUAUCUGCAUUCUUGCCGAUGUCGGUGCCUUUGGCAAUGGCUAUAUCGGAUUCAGGUACUGGACACCACCUUAUGGUCCAAUCCAAAAUGGGAUCAAUGGAUUUGGCCAAGUUUUUGUUCUUGCAGCAGCGUACUAUGUCGGUACAGAAAUUGUCUCAGUUGCAGCUGGAGAGUCGAAAAAUCCCCAGCGUGACGUCCCUCGCGCUACUAAGUCCAUUCUGUAUCGAAUCUUAGUUGUCUUCAUUGGCAUGUCCUUCUUCCAAGGCUUGAUUUGCCCCUCGACUUCAGAUGACCUAGUACACCCGGACUCCAAAACAGCGUCUUCUCCAUUCACGAUCGGCUUCACGCUCGCAGGAUGGAAAUCAUCCGGUCAUUUUGUCAACACCAUCAUAUUGAUUGCAUUUGUUUCAGCCGCCAAUGGAGUAGUCUACAUUCAAUCUCGCACUCUUUACUCUCUAGCUCUGAAACAAAAAGCACCCUCGCUUUUUGCGAUCACGAGCUCAAGGGGAGCAGCCUACAUUGCGUGGGCGACAAUCACCUUCGUCCAAUUAAGAGUUCGCGCCGCCGCCAAGAAGCAGAAUAUUGAUAUCCAAACAUUCCCGUUUACUGCCCCUGGACACACUCUAGUUUAUUGGGGGAACUUCUUCUUUAAUAUUUUCCUGCUCUUGAUCCAGGGAUUCACUGUCUUUGAAACCCCGUUCAACUACCAGUCAUUCAUCGCUUCAUAUAUCAGUAUUCCGGUUUUCUUCGCCCUCUUCUUCGGCUAUAAGUGGUGGUUUAAAACAAAGUGGUGA